GAACGUUGAUUGCGUCAUUUGCAGUCUUGCAGAACGAGCCUCGGUUACGAAGACUAGACCGAUCCUUGUUGAAACGAUAGCUUUCUUCUUUCUCUCCUUCUUCUUUCUCAUAAUCUAGAAUUUUCUUUGCUAUAUAGAAUUUCUAUUUAAUAACUUGAGAAUUUUCUUUAUAAUUUAGAAUUUAGUUUAGAACGUGUGUAAUCGCGGAUAGUUGAAACAAUAGCUUGUCCCCACUCUUUUUCCUUUUUUUUAUAAUUUAGAAUUUUUUUUUUUUUCACAAUUUACAAUUCAGUUUGGAACGACUGUUUCUGCGGAGGAGCAGCUAAAACGCGCGUGAAACGCUCAUGCGACGAAACUCGCUCUGAUCUCGAUCUCUGUGUAUAAUAUAGUUAUCUAUUGUUUUCGCGAAACAACGCCAGGGAACAACCCAUGUAUCUACAUUGUAUACGUAUAUUCCACGACUUUUCCUCCCCUCCCACCGAGUAGUUCGUCUGUUAGGCGCGCGCGAAUCGAAAACAUGGCGCUCAGUAAGUAAUUUCGUGGUGAUUCUAUGGAAGGUCGCGUGGGAAAGGGUCCUCGGGAUCGGUGGAAAAGGAGGACGAGCUGUGGAAGCGGUCGCGUGAAAUCCUGAGAAAAGCGAUAACGCGCGUUUCUGAAGCUAAGCAGGCGAUUGCUUGAGGUGUUCGUUCGUUCGAUGCAAUUAGGAACGAGCGUGAUUUAUUCUAGCGAAUUCUGGAGAGCGUUCCGCAAGUGUUCUCGAUGCCCCUGGGCAAACAGUUGAUGAUUGAUCGACGAUUCUCGCGAUUCUUGACAGCCGCGUCGAUAGUUUGGAAAGUUUGCCUCGUGCGUUCUUUCUUCUUAUCGUCCCGCGCAAAACGUGAUCUCGAAGAGACUUCGAACGUUGGCCUUCGAAUGACGUCCGAACUUGCCAACGAAAUUCCAGGCAGCUCGCUCGUGGAAUAUCGCCGAUAACUCGCAUGGUAUUCGGCUGUGUCCUGCUUUGUGACGUUGCUCUCGAUACCGAGAUCGUCGUGGUAACAGCCAGCAGUUGGAUGGACGGUGGUCGCGCGAGGUCGCGCUAACGAUCGAGAAACACUCGAGGAUCCGGCGGAGAACGAUGGUGGUGUCUCACCGCGAGGGCAGCAUCUCGUCCAACAUACGGGCGAUAAUCGAGCAGUUGAACCUGAACCCGGUGGAGAGGAGGCGGCUGAUCGAUCGGACGAAGCAGGACAGCACCCGGUGCAAGAGCUUCCAGGCCGUGCAGCCCGCGGCGAAGAUCAGCAUCGGCGUGUACGGGUGCAAGGAGAAGGUCGAGUACGAGAUACCGGCGCCGAUCAGGCGCGUGUGCAGGCACGAGGAUCGGCCGAGGCCGAAACAGGAAACCACUGGCCAGCGAAAGAUCGUCGGCUUGGUCAGGAGAGAGGCUGCCGCGCUCGAGGACGACGCGCAGGACAAGGUCGAGGAGAAGAGGUUCGAGUCGAUAAGAUCGGCGUGCAAGAUCGAGGAUCGGCCAAGAGCGAAGCCGCCAGAGAGCCGACGCGCGAUCCCUCAGGCGACGAAAGAACAAUCGGUUCGUGGCGAGGAUACGAUCGAGGAUAAGACGGCAGAGGAUGACUCGGCAGGAUUCGUCAGACAGUGCAGGAUCGAGGAUCGACCACGCUCGAAGCCGGAAACGAGACAGAGGAUCCCGCCGGUAAUCAAAGACUCGGCGAGUCCACGAGCCGAAGAGACGAUCGAGCGCAACUGGAAAGCGCCAGCUUGAACCACACGGCGGCGCAUCAUCGGAUUUCGGUGAGGCCUAAAAACCGGAGGCCACCGAGGCGCACCGGCUCGCAGAACGCCAACACGUCCACGUCGACGAUCACGAUCAUAGCGGAGGACUCGUUGGACAGCCUGGACCAGCAGACGGCCAGCGUGAAUAGUAACGCGUCUUCGCCGACGGAGCCGAAGAACGCGUCCGUGACGAGGAAAUCCUCGAGCAGAUUGUCGCGCACGUCGGACAUCUUCGAGGAGCUGGAAGCCAAGCUACCUAGGAAACCGCCUAGCGUGGCCUCCCUGUCCCCGGACAGUCUGGACGCGGUGUCCGCCUCGAGGACGAGCGUCGAGGUGAACGAGGAGCAGCAGCCGGACGUUCGAUCGGUCGUGAGAAAGCCGUCAAAUCGAACGCCAAAGAACACGGAGAUGUUCGAGGAGCUGGAGUCGAGGCUGCCCCGAAGGAGAUCGUCCAACCGACUGUCCAAGUCACCGGACAGCCUGGAAGUGGCGUCCAGCUGGUUCUCCAAGUCCACCGAGGGCUUCGACAAAUUAACAGAGUACGAGGAGGCGAAGCCGGUGACGCGGCGGCUGUUGAACCCGAUCUCCAAGUCGACCGAUCGCGUGUUCAAGUCUUCCGACAGUCUGGAAGCGAUAGAGGCGCUCACCAGCGACGAGUCCAUCGAGCGCAGGAGAAGCAGCUUCGAGCUGCGCGCUCGCAGAUCCUCCAAGAGCAUGUCAAAGUCGUCGGAGAGCUUCGAGGUUUUGGAACAGGCGCAGAUCGGGACGACGGAGGCUUCGUCGGUUCAGGAGAACCUGCAGAAAAGGAGCAGCGUCUCGGAUAUCAAUCUGUCGCGAGGGAGAAGACUGUCCAAGAGCAUCUCCAAGUCGUCGGAGGACUUCGAGAGGAUCGAGAUAAACGAGCUGAAAGACGAGGAGAUGAACAUCAUCAGGGACAGUUUCGGCAAUUGCUGCAGGAGGUCCUCGAAACGAAUGUCCUCCGAAAGUUCGGAUAAUCUGGAGUCGGACGACAAAUUGGAGAACAGGCGAGUGAGAAGGACGCCGAAGAGGAUACCGAGCACCAGUUACGUGGACAUCGUUCCGGCGGAUCCUCUCCAGGAUCAGGAGGAAGAGAAGAGACCGAUCACCAUCAGAAAGCCAUCAAGGCUUCAGAAGUCGUCCGAGAGCUCGGAACUCGGCAGCACGGACACGUUGGACUCCGAGAGAAGGAACAAGUCGUCCGAGAGUACGGAAACUCUGGACAGCCUGGAGAGAGAUGUGGACCAGGAUAGGAAACAGGAGGACCUCGCGGACGCCGUUGCAGACAAAAAUGAUACUUGGACCAAUAAACCUCUGAUGACGUCGCAUGCGGAUCAGAUCUCAAUGGCGGACGGUAUGGCGGAAGACACCAGAUCGUUGAUCUCGCCGGACAAGUUUUACUGGCGUCAGACGUCGGAAUCGAAGGAGAAUAUCGACAUACAUCAGUUGCUAGCCAUCACGAUAGUUACCAGAAUGGCCGACAACGGCAAUAACCAACGAAGCUCUGUGAUUUACCCUAAGAAGAAGCAACAGAUCACCACGUCGCAGCCUACCUCGCCAGUCGCCAAACAAGAAGACAACAAGAUGAUCUUCGACAAUCUUCUCGUCAGCAAGAACGACGAGGAUUUACAGAACAUGUUGAACGGCAAUAUAUCCGAGAUACGAACGAACGGAGUAACGAACAUAGCGAUUAUACAGAAGAAGAAAAUAGCAGUCGAUAUAAUUGAAUGGGUGUUUAGUUCAAUGGCCGGGACGAGCCAUGGAAGCGAGCACAGGGUACGAUGUUUAACGAAGAAACGUAGCUCUAGUAGAUAUUUAGAGACGUUAGCUCCUCCGCCUUUUGCUGCUCCAACCUGGCUUCCUUCCCAAGCUCGUUGCAAUUAUUCGGGCAUCCUUUACCUGAGCUGUACUCGUCACUGGUAUCGCAGCAAUCGCAAACGCCGUCGUUCACCCAGGUGGAUGCUAGUUUCGAGGCUGCGCGUUCUAGGUUAUGUUGUGUUUACAUCACCGCCCGAGAAAACAGAUUUCUAUUCAUUUUUACACGGUGUGGACGGUCUUCUUGAGACAGGCUUUAGUGCGAAUACGGUAGUGCGAAAUAUGAGAGAGCAAGAUAGUGUAAUGAGCGUAGGACUAUCUACAUACGAUGGUUUGGAGAAAGAGACAAGUUCUAACAAUGGUUUGGAAAGUGGCGGGGGAGCUACGAAAAAGUUAGCCAGAGGUAUAUCUCGAGCAACUGAAAAUGCAGCCAUUGUCUCUUACGCACGUUCUCAAUUAGCUACUAUUGGAUCUUUGGAUACUCCAGAAUUUACAUUCUCACUCCCUGAUCUAACUGUAUAUCCAGAUUCAUUUCGACAAUUUUUGGAGAAAGAUUUGAUAGAGGGUGGAUGUUUAACUUCUUUGGAAGCUGCUGGUCGUUUAAAUUGGUGGUGCGGAGGAUGUAAAAAUGGAAGUAACAGAGUUUUAUGGCCUUUGGCAACAUCAGGAGAUGGCAACUGUCUUCUACAUGCAGCUUCUCUUGGCAUGUGGGGCUUUCACGAUAGACUUCUUACACUCAGAGAAGCUCUGUAUAAUACUUUAGCUAAAGGAGAAUAUAGACAUGCUUUGUUUAGAAGGUGGAAAUGGCGUCAAAUGGGCCUAAAUGCAGCUGCAGGAUUAUCUUAUACAGAGGCAGAAUGGUUAACAGAAUGGCAAACCAUUGUAGAUAUGGCUUCUCCUAUUUUCAGGAAUCAAAAUGCUACUUCCUACCAAAGUCUUGAAGAAGUACACAUAUUAACUUUGGCUCAUGCUUUGAAAAGGCCUAUAAUAGUUAUAGCAGAGACUAUGUUGAAAGAUGCGGAAGGUGUAGCUUUAGCACCAAUUCCAUUUGGUGGAGUUUAUUUACCGUUGGAGGUAUCUCCAUCAUGUUGUCAUAGAACCCCAUUGCUCUUAGCAUAUCAUUCGGCACAUUUUUCUCCCCUUGUUAUUGUGGAUGGAGCGAGUGAUUUUGGAGACGGUUGUAACGAAGGCGUUAAUAUACCUCUUAUAGAUCCAGACACAGGUCAAUUACUACCAGUUUUAUUCGCGGUAGAUUCAGGACCUGAUUGGGAUUGGGAGGAAGGUUCUCGAGACUUAUUAAUUUGUCAACAAGACACGAUGGAAAUUUUAUUACGACAAUAUUUAGACUGCGAAUAUCAAAAUUUCACCUCGGAAGAAAUUGAGAGACUGUCCAAUACCGACGGUUCAUUUUCUAAAACGGCGAAGCAAUUGCUUGGCGUGGCUAAACAAUUUGGAUCAAUUGGAAAGUCCGUUAGUAAAAGACUGUGGUCUAUAACGAAGAGACCAAAGAGUUUGCCAGCAACGGCAGGUGGACUUUCAACGGAAGGUUUAUUAUGUGUGAGGAUUAGAAGCAGACGUCACCAAUACGUGGAUCAGAUGCUUCAGAAUUAUCUUCAAUGUGCUCAUGCAAGAUUCCUACAAGAUCAUAAAGUUGACGAUACUGGGAGCGAAAUGAAUUAUGGUGCUGGCAAAUCUAAAUUCUAUGCCGCCAGCGACCGAGACAGCCACGCGAGUGUGAGCAAAUUAUUACCGACCAAUCCAAAUAAAGAUCGUACACUUUACCUCUCAAGGCUGCUGUUAAAGAGUGUCGCAAUGAGGAGUGUCAAUUUUUCGGUUCUGCGGAAAAUGAUUACUACUGCUCACAGUGUUGGGCGAAUCGACGUUAUCGUUGA